UGGUCAUGCGCAAGUACGUCAACGGAAAUAGGAGGCGGAUGUUAUUGGGAUAUGGACAAUCACUUCCUGUGACAACGGUUCCUUACUUCCGGGUGGAAAGAGCCGAACUGCACGAUGGAGAGUGGCAAAUAAAAGCCGGGAGGAAGUGAAGGGCCAGUAAGGCUGACAGACGGCUGUACCGGGAGAACACGGAGGAUUGGCCCGGUAUGUGCUUUCUCUAAACUUGUAAAAAUGGGAGAUGUCACCAAUCAAGUCAGAGGAAAGUCCUUAAAAGAUGAGGAUGACUUUAAGAAAAGUCCUAAUAAAAAGUCACAUUUGGGUCAUGAAUACCAUGGAAAGAAACUGGAAAAGGACUCUCCGAAGUCUAAAGCCAUCCCAGUAAUUUAUGGCAGCAGUCCACGGAAUGGGCCACAUCAGAACGUGGUUGAAAACUUCAGUCCUGUUGGGAGAUCGGGCAACAAUCCCAAGGAUACUGUAAAACAAUGGUCAGCAGAAGAGCCAAGGAGUGAUUCUGAUAACUGGAGGGAGCGUCGAUCACAGAAUUUUAACAGAUUAAGGAAUAAUUCAACGAGCGAGUCAGGAGAAUCCACCAGAUGGCAGGACAUUGGGGAGAGACGUAACCAAGUCGGGAGGCAGCAGACCCACAAAGAAUCUGCCUCUGGAGAUUUGUCUGAUGAUCACUCCGGAGUCUCUGAUUUGCAGUCCCCCAUGAAGCGAGAGCGACAUUACUCCCGGUCAGAGAGAGAAGACGAUGACUGUCAUGGCAGCCCAGUUAUAGACGAGUCAAUGUUGUCCAAAAAAGAGCUGCUAGGUCUGCAGCAAGCUGAGGAGCGCUUGAAGCGUGACAGUAUUUACAGACUGAAACGGCGUCCCCGUAAGUAUCCUACAGCUGUUUAUACUUGCAAGCUCUGUGACGCCUUAGUUGACUCCAUAUCUUCUGCACAUAAACACAUGAAAGAAAAGAGGCACAGGAGAAAUGUCAAGGAUAAAAGGGAAGAGGAGUUGCUGACAAAUCUGCCACCACCUAAGCCACCUCAGAUACAAGCAGUUGGUGUUGCAGUAAACAAAGUGGUGCAGGAGCAUGGUUUAAAUGAAGAAGAUAUGGCCAAGAGACAGGCAACGGUUUCAGCCAUGGAGACAGUCAUAAAGGAGAAACUCCCAGGGUGUUCCUUACGGCUCUAUGGGUCCUCGAGCAGCAGAAUGGGUUUCAGCAAUUCUGAUCUGAACAUAGAUAUUCAGUUUCCUGAAACUAUGAAUCAACCUGAUGUUCUUAUUUUAGUUCAGGAAAGCCUGAAACAAAGCGACUUAUUCACAGACUUUGAAGCUGACUUCCAUGCCAGGGUUCCUGUAGUGGUGUGCAGAGAAAAACAAAGUGACCUUAUAUGUAGAGUGAGUGCUGGCAAUGAUAAUGCUUGUCUUACAACCAACCUUUUGGCCGCCUUGGGUAAACAAGAACCAAGACUUGUUCCACUGGUUGUGGCUUUACGAUAUUGGGCAAAGCUAUGUGGCAUUGAUAAGCCUGAAGAAGGUGGCCUACCACCUUAUGUGGCUGCACUCAUGGUGGUUUUCUUCCUUCAGCAGAGAAAGGAGCCAGUUCUUCCUGUAUACCUAGGAUCCUGGAUUGAUGAGUUUACAAUUUCUAAAUUGAGUCAAUUCAGACUGAAAGAACCCAACAGCAAAUAUGUGUUUUGGGAAUACAGUGCUGCAGCAAACAGCGACAAUCAAAAUAAUGAAGAAUGCACUUCUAAAGGAAAGGUGCCACUCUUCUUUGACUCAGAAAAACAGUGUUCUGCGCCUCUUGGUCAGCUUUGGGUAGAUCUGCUUAGAUUUUAUGCACUGGAAUUCAACAUGGCUGACCUUGUUGUCAAUGUUCGUGUUAAAGAGAAGCUUUCUAGGGAAUUGAAGGACUGGCCUAAGAAACGAAUUGCUGUAGAAGAUCCUUACUCUGUAAAGAGGAAUGUUGCAAGAUCAAUGAACAGUCAGUUAGUGUAUGACUUCCUUCUCCACUGUUUAAAGGCAACCUACAAAUAUUUUGCCAUGCCCCAAACCAAGUCUGGAAAAUCCAGCACUCAAAAGUCCACCAUUUCUGCUCCAAAUACUAACAAAAAAGGUGCACAAAAUCCUUUAACGUGUCCAAAUUCUGAGAGCAUAAACAAGUUGGAAGAAUUCUUAGACAGUCAUGAUGGUUUGGCUUCUCUUGUAAUUUCCCAGCCUACUCACAGUCAGGUUCCUAAUGAGAUGGAUAGUACAGCAAAGAAAAAGCUAGUCUAUAAUACAACAUACCCAGAUGUUAAUAUUGAAGAUGCUGACUGCAUAACAGAGGAGAUUAUUUUAGAUGACCCAGAAGAUUUUUUCCAGGGCUCUGAAGAACCAGAAAGUCCUCAUGAAGAAGAUUCUGAUGAAGAUGACCACCCUUUAAUAGGAAAUGAGGAGCAAAGUGAUUACAUGAUUGAUCAAAGCUAUGAGGAAGAUAGUGAAAGUGGAGAGGCAGCUAUGGCAGGCAAUGAAGAAACAGACAGUCUGUCUGACUUUGAGGGAGGUGUUUGCUUAGAGAGCAGAGACCUCUAUGUCGAUAAGGGAGAUGUAGAAGAGGAGAGCACAGAGGGUACAGAUGAACUAGAGGAAACUGCCCAUGAUUUUGGACUGGCACCUGUAACUAUUUCAGAUGAAGAGGAGGAGGAAGAUGAUGAGGCUAGUUUGGUAUUGAAUCAAAGGGAGAAUUUAGAUCUCAUGGAGGAUGAUGAUGAUGAGCUAGAGAACACUUACACCGGCUCAGUGGUUGAAUUGUCUGAAGAUGACCAAACUGGACAAGUGUCUGCUAGAAGUUCAAAAGUCCAUGAAAACUGCACUGAAGGACUUUCUGACACUGUGCUCUCAAAAACACAAGCCAAAAAACUCCUACCAGUUACCGAAAGCUCUGUCAAUGAAGAGAUUUGUAUGUUUUAUGAAUUUUACAAACCAACAUUUACAAAAGGCAAGCUUCCUACUGUUGUAUGUAGCUUGUGCAAAAAAGAAGGCCAUCUAAAGAAGGACUGUCCAGAAGACUUUAAAAAAAUUGAACUAGAACCUUUGCCACCACUUAAUGCUAAGUUCCAACAGCUCUUGGAUCAAGUUUGUAUCCAGUGUUACGAGGAUUUUCGCCCCACUUCUCUAGAAGAUAAGGCUCGGGAGCUUAUAAGGCGUGAUCUGGAGGACUUUAUUAGACGAGACUUUAAGGAACCAGAGAUCGUAUAUCCUAUUGCAUGUUCAUUGUCUAGUCAUAUAAAGGCUGUAUAUAAACAAGUGCCAGUUGACCUUAUAUGUAGAGUGAGUGCUGGCAAUGAUAAUGCUUGUCUUACAACCAACCUUUUGGCCGCCUUGGGUAAACAAGAACCAAGACUUGUUCCACUGGUUGUGGCUUUACGAUAUUGGGCAAAGCUAUGUGGCAUUGAUAAGCCUGAAGAAGGUGGCCUACCACCUUAUGUGGCUGCACUCAUGGUGGUUUUCUUCCUUCAGCAGAGAAAGGAGCCAGUUCUUCCUGUAUACCUAGGAUCCUGGAUUGAUGAGUUUACAAUUUCUAAAUUGAGUCAAUUCAGACUGAAAGAACCCAACAGCAAAUAUGUGUUUUGGGAAUACAGUGCUGCAGCAAACAGCGACAAUCAAAAUAAUGAAGAAUGCACUUCUAAAGGAAAGGUGCCACUCUUCUUUGACUCAGAAAAACAGUGUUCUGCGCCUCUUGGUCAGCUUUGGGUAGAUCUGCUUAGAUUUUAUGCACUGGAAUUCAACAUGGCUGACCUUGUUGUCAAUGUUCGUGUUAAAGAGAAGCUUUCUAGGGAAUUGAAGGACUGGCCUAAGAAACGAAUUGCUGUAGAAGAUCCUUACUCUGUAAAGAGGAAUGUUGCAAGAUCAAUGAACAGUCAGUUAGUGUAUGACUUCCUUCUCCACUGUUUAAAGGCAACCUACAAAUAUUUUGCCAUGCCCCAAACCAAGUCUGGAAAAUCCAGCACUCAAAAGUCCACCAUUUCUGCUCCAAAUACUAACAAAAAAGGUGCACAAAAUCCUUUAACGUGUCCAAAUUCUGAGAGCAUAAACAAGUUGGAAGAAUUCUUAGACAGUCAUGAUGGUUUGGCUUCUCUUGUAAUUUCCCAGCCUACUCACAGUCAGGUUCCUAAUGAGAUGGAUAGUACAGCAAAGAAAAAGCUAGUCUAUAAUACAACAUACCCAGAUGUUAAUAUUGAAGAUGCUGACUGCAUAACAGAGGAGAUUAUUUUAGAUGACCCAGAAGAUUUUUUCCAGGGCUCUGAAGAACCAGAAAGUCCUCAUGAAGAAGAUUCUGAUGAAGAUGACCACCCUUUAAUAGGAAAUGAGGAGCAAAGUGAUUACAUGAUUGAUCAAAGCUAUGAGGAAGAUAGUGAAAGUGGAGAGGCAGCUAUGGCAGGCAAUGAAGAAACAGACAGUCUGUCUGACUUUGAGGGAGGUGUUUGCUUAGAGAGCAGAGACCUCUAUGUCGAUAAGGGAGAUGUAGAAGAGGAGAGCACAGAGGGUACAGAUGAACUAGAGGAAACUGCCCAUGAUUUUGGACUGGCACCUGUAACUAUUUCAGAUGAAGAGGAGGAGGAAGAUGAUGAGGCUAGUUUGGUAUUGAAUCAAAGGGAGAAUUUAGAUCUCAUGGAGGAUGAUGAUGAUGAGCUAGAGAACACUUACACCGGCUCAGUGGUUGAAUUGUCUGAAGAUGACCAAACUGGACAAGUGUCUGCUAGAAGUUCAAAAGUCCAUGAAAACUGCACUGAAGGACUUUCUGACACUGUGCUCUCAAAAACACAAGCCAAAAAACUCCUACCAGUUACCGAAAGCUCUGUCAAUGAAGAGAUUUGUAUGUUUUAUGAAUUUUACAAACCAACAUUUACAAAAGGCAAGCUUCCUACUGUUGUAUGUAGCUUGUGCAAAAAAGAAGGCCAUCUAAAGAAGGACUGUCCAGAAGACUUUAAAAAAAUUGAACUAGAACCUUUGCCACCACUUAAUGCUAAGUUCCAACAGCUCUUGGAUCAAGUUUGUAUCCAGUGUUACGAGGAUUUUCGCCCCACUUCUCUAGAAGAUAAGGCUCGGGAGCUUAUAAGGCGUGAUCUGGAGGACUUUAUUAGACGAGACUUUAAGGGAGCCAGGCUCAGUCUGUUUGGUUCUUCAAAAAAUGGCUUUGGGUUUAAACAGAGUGACUUAGAUAUCUGCAUGACGUUUGAGGGCAUGGAAACUGCUGAGGAAUUGGAUUCUAUUAGGACUAUUGAAGAGUUGGGAAGGCAUCUUAGAAGACAUCAGGGCUUGAGAAACAUUCUUCCCAUUACUACAGCUAAAGUGCCAAUUGUUAAGUUCUACCAUGUAAGAAGUGGUCUUGAAGGAGACAUCAGUUUAUAUAACACACUGGCUCUUCAUAACACUCAUCUUUUAGCAUCAUAUGCUGCCAUUGACCCAAGAGUCAAAUAUCUUUGUUAUAUUAUGAAAGUCUUCACCAAGAUGUGCGACAUUGGAGAUGCUUCCCGUGGUAGCCUUUCUUCAUAUGCAUACACCCUUAUGGUGCUGUUCUUCCUUCAGCAGAGGAAUCCACCUGUUAUCCCUGUUCUCCAAGAGAUCUACACUAAUGGCUGUAAGCCUGAAACGCUGGUUGAAGGCUGGAAUGUGUAUUUCUUUUCCCAAUUAGAGGAAUUGGCAAAGUACUGGCCAGAAUAUGGAAAAAAUAAGGAAUCUGUUGGCGAACUAUGGCUGGGCCUUCUUCGCUUUUACACUGAAGACUUUGAUUUUAAAGAACACGUAAUCUCAAUCAGAAAAAAGAGCUUGCUGACCACUUUUAAAAAGCAGUGGACAUCAAAGUAUAUUGUCAUUGAAGAUCCUUUUGACCUAACUCACAACCUUGGAGCUGGAUUAUCCAGAAAGAUGACAAAUUUUAUAAUGAAAGCUUUUAUCAAUGGGAGAAGAGUAUUUGGCACUCCAGUAAAAGGAAUCCCCAAGGAAUAUCCAUCCAAAAUGGAGUACUUUUUUGAUCCAGAUGUCUUGACUGAAGGGGAAGUUGCUCCCAAUGACAGAUGUUGCCGCAUUUGUGGCAAAAUUGGACACUUUAUGAAAGACUGCCCUAUGAGGAGAAAAGUUAGAAGGCGAAACCAUGAAAAGCCUACAAACCAAAGAUAUGUAGACAAGCGACGACAGAGAAAACCUGAAGAUAAGGAAAUGAAUAAUAGUAUGGAAGGCAAUGGCUAUUAUAUGGAGGGCAAGCAGUCCACCACACCCAAGAAGCCCAAUCAGGGAGCCCGAAGCAAUCUUGAAGCCUGCAGAGAAAGGACUCCAAAACCUUCCAAUGAAAAGUGGAGGCGACAGGAAGAACUGAGGGAAAAGCGCUGCUUCAUAUGUGGAAGGGAAGGUCACAUAAAAAAGGAGUGUCCUCAAUACAAAGGGGCAGCAGGUAGUCCCAAGUCUGAAGCACAAUUUGGAUCUCCAUCAGCAUCCAGUCCACUGAAACACCAGGGAAGGUUUAUCCAGGUAGUUCAAUUACAAGAUGAAAAAAGGAAACCGAAGAUAUCUUUCAGUCCUCAGUCAGGCAGCCUUUCCACUAAAUACAUGACUCAGGGAAAAGCCUCUUAUAAGAAGGCACACCAGGAAUUUUAAGGGUGGAUGUACACUGCCAGAGAAGGAGCCCUUGGCCGUCCAGGAACACGCCUCUACUUUUUGUUUUUGGAACAGUGUUUACAUCUUUCUACUAGAAUCAGCAGCAGUGAAAUAUUGGAUGUUGAUAAAUGUUUUUGUUUUUAUUUCAAAGUGUAAAGUUUAGAAGAAUUGUUUUAAUGUAAAAUUCUUACCAUGGGCACCUUUUCUUAAUUUAUUUUAUUUGAACAUUUUAACAAAAAUUCCACUGAUAUACAUUUGUAUAUAAAGUUGGAGAAGUAUUAAAUACUUUGAAUUUGAUGCCCCAUCCCCCAUAAUAUUUUAAUUGCAGCAGACUAUUAAUCUUAUAUAUGGUGGCCCAUGGACUGAAGAUUCCUUGUUUUCUUUUUACAGAAAUGACUAUUUUUGAGAGGUAAAUUAUAUUUAUUAAUUGUCAGGAGUCCUUGUUGAAUCCAUUUGUGAAGCGCUGCUGUAUUUACACAUACGAUUUUAUUAUAAUUCUUUGGCCAACUCUAUUUUGAGUCUUUUUAUGUAAAUAUCUCAUUGGAUGUAAUGGUACAUCUGCUACAAUUUCUUUUAGUCUCCAUCUCUCGUGUGUCUUCAACAUCCUUCUGAGACACAACUCUUGGUUUAUUGCAUGACAUUUUACUUUAAAAGCGGGUUGUUCCUGAAAUUGCUGCUAAUGUCCAAAAAUAGGAAAUAAGAAAAGAGGUUUGUAGUGUGAUAAUAAAAAGAAAUGCU